GUGCCGGUUUCUCCUGCAGGGCCUGGCAGUUACACCGUGGGCACCAUGUCGGAGCGCUUCGACUGCUUCUACUGCCGCGACUCGCUGCAAGGCAAGAAGUAUGUGCAGAAGGAGGGGCGCCACUGCUGCGUCAAGUGCUUCGACAAGAUCUGCGCCAACACCUGCAUCGAGUGCAAGAAACCCAUCGGAGCCGACUCCAAGGAGCUGCACUUCAAGAACCGCUACUGGCACGACACUUGUUUCCGCUGCGUCAAGUGCUACAAGUCCCUGGUCGAUGAGCCCUUCAUGCUAAGGGAGAACAACAAGGUUUGGUGUGGAGACUGCACCACCAAUGAGGAUGCACCCAAGUGUAAGGGCUGCUUCAAGCCUAUUAUUGCAGGAGACCAAAACGUUGAGUACAAGAAGAUGGUCUGGCACAAGGACUGUUUCACUUGCAGCCAGUGCAAGAAAGUGAUUGGAUCCGGGAGCUUCUUCCCCAAGGGUGAUGACUUCUUCUGUGUCUCCUGCCAUGAGAAUAAGUUUGCCAAGACCUGUGCUAAAUGCAAGAAUCCCAUCACUUCCGGAGGCCUCACUUACCAGGAACAGCCUUGGCAUUCCGAGUGUUUCAUCUGCUCCAACUGCAAGAAGCAACUGGGCGGGAAGCGCUUCACGGCUGUAGAGGAUCAGUUCUACUGUGUUGAAUGCUACAAGGAAUGUGUUGCCAAGAAGUGUGCUGGCUGCAAGAAUCCAAUCACAGGAUUUGGAAGAGGAACCAGUGUGGUUAACUACGAAGAUGAGUCCUGGCACGAUUACUGUUUCAAAUGCACAAAGUGUGCCCGUGGCCUGGCCAACAAGCGCUUUGUUCGCCAUAAUGGAAAGAUUUACUGUGCUGAGUGCCCCAAACGACUGUAAGGAGCAGA